AUGGACCACCAACCAGUGCCUGCGCCACCCACACCUGCACCCGGCGUCCAUGGACAGUUAGUCAAUGAUACAGAACUCAAUACUUUCACAAUCCACACUGAUGACAGAAUCGAAAUUGAUUCAGAUGCUGAUGAUUCGUCAUCCGAUGCUGGCUAUUUCACAGAUAGCAUAGUUUCCGCAACGACAUCUAUUUCCAGUAGUGUACGGGAUUACACCUUUGAAAAUGGCUGGCGUUACCACAAAUUCCGAGAAGGUAUCUACAAUUUUCCCAACGACGACCUCGAGCAAGAUAGAGAAGAUAUGAAACAUGCAAUGAUGGUCAAAUUAUGUGGGCAUAAGCUGCACUUCGCGCCAAUCGGUACCAAUCCGCAAAAUGUACUUGAUAUAGGGACAGGCACCGGUAUAUGGGCUAUAGAAAUGGGAGAUCUAUACAGUGGGUCAAAAGUUUUGGGGGUUGAUUUGAGCCCAAUACAGCCCGAAUGGGUCCCGCCCAACGUAACAUUUGUCGUCGAUGACAUUGAGAGCCCGUGGCUUAAACCACUCAAUUACUUUGACUAUAUACACACGCGCCACACCGUUAUGGCUAUAAAAAACUGGCCUCUGUUAAUGCGACAAGCUUAUGAUCAUCUCAAACCUGGGGGCUGGAUAGAGCUUCAGGAAAUGCACCAUUAUCCACAAUGUAGCGAUGCAAGUAUGCCCCCCAACUACGCAGCUAUUCAGUAUUGGAGUCGCAUUGGAGAAGCACUCGCUACAUUAGGGAUUAACUUCAACGCAACCCUUCUCCUCGAAAGUAUGUUACGCGAAGCAGGAUUUAUCAAUGUUUCAUGUCAAGUUUUGCAUGUUCCUAUUGGGGUAUGGCCAAAAAAUCGAACACUCAAACUCGUAGGCCUGUAUUGGCGGACGAUACUGAUUGAUGGACUGCAACCGAUUGCAUUAGGUCCACUUACUCGUGGACUACACUGGAGUAAAGAGGAUGUCGAAUCUUGGCUUGUAGAUGUCAAGAAAGCAUACCUUGAUAGUUCGGUACACAGUCACAUACCACUAUAUAUUGUCUGCGGACAGAAGCCACCGGGAUAA